AUGCUCAAGAGCCCACAUCUAGGAAGAAAAGAUUACUUGCAGGCUGAUUUGGCCAGCAUUUCACUAACUACCAUGAUCCCUCUGUAUCCAUAAGUAAAUUUGGAUCUACCAGCUCUCCGUUAGGAUACAGAAUUUAUUUUGCUAACCGGAAUUGAUAAAACCCAGGGAAUAUUUGAAUUUGUCUUCUUCAUCACCAGAUGUUCCAUGACAGGAGAUACAUUUGGGACAGUUCACACUUCAGCUAGGAUUGAAAACACCCAGAACAUGGCCUGGUCCACACCAAGAAAUAGAUUUCUGAAUAUGGUAACUAAGAAAGAGGCACUUUUGGCUAAUCCUCCAGGUUCCCUGGCUUUGCUCCACAGUGCAUGUAGUGUCAUCAUCAAGAAAACAUGAGGUGCAGAAGAUGACGUCAACACAGUAGCAGUUGGAAACAUGACAGACAUGGUGUAUAAAGGUACAGGUAGUCUUCAAGGGGUAGCAUGAAGUGGUGUGACAGGACACACCAGCCUCUAUGUACUACAUUACAUCUGGAAGCACAUGAAAGGUUCCUUACUCCAACAGUCACUCUGA